CAUUGACCCGAAGGCGACCUCUUCUCCUCUCCCCCUCCCUCGCUGUGAAGAUGGCGCUUUCCAGGGCGUUAUGGGCUCGGGCCGCUGUGUGGGGGUCGGCGGUCACCCCUGGACUUUAUGUCACCCGGAGGCUGCAACUUGGUCGCUCUGGCCUGGCCGGGGGGACCCCUCGGUCUGCAAAGCUUCACCUUUCUCCAAGGGCAGAUAUGAAGAACUUGAUCUCUUAUGUGGUGACCAAGACAAAAGUGAUUAAUGGGAAAUACCAUCGUUUCUUGGGUCGUCAUUUCCCCCGCUUCUAUGUCCUGUACACAAUCUUCAUGAAAGGAUUGCAGAUGUUAUGGGCUGAUGCCAAAAAGGCUAGAAGAAUAAAGACAAAUAUGUGGAAGCACAAUAUAAAGUUUCAUCAACUUUCAUACCGGGAGAUGGAGCAUUUGAGACAGUUCCGUCGAGACGUCACCAAGUGUCUUUUCCUAGGUAUUAUUUCCAUUCCACCCUUUGCCAACUACCUGGUCUUCUUGCUAAUUUCAAAAGGAGUCGUUUUAUCUGAUUGCUGCAUGCGAGGCUGUUCCGCUACUGCUUCCUUUCACAUAACCUCAGUAAUGUUUCUUGAAGUUGUGCUUCAGUGUAUCUUUAAACCUUGGUCUGAGACUCAUUCACAGAAAAGAACAGUGAGGUACCUGUUUCCUAGGCAACUUCUGAUCCGACAUUUCUGGACCCCAAAGCAACAAAUUGAUUUCUUAGAUAUCUAUCAUGCUCUCCGAAAGCAGUCCCACCCAGAAAUCCUUUAUUAUUUAGAAAGGGUUAUCCCUCUCAUUUCUGAUGCAGGACUCCGGUGGCAUAUGACAGAGCUGUGCACCAAGAUACAGCAUGGUACCCACCCAGCAAUACAUGAUAUCCUGGCUCUAAGAAACUGUUUCUCUAACUAUCCUCUGGGCAUGAACCAACUCCAUGCUUGGCAAAUGAAAGCCUUGAGUCGAGCCAUGCUUCUCACACCUUAUCUGCCUCCUCUCUUGUUGAGACACCGUUUAAAGACUCAUACCACUGUGAUUCACCAACUGGACAAGGCUUUGGCAAAGCUAGGGAUUGGCCAGCUGACUGCUCAGGAAGUAAAAUCGGCUUGUUAUCUUCGUGGCCUGAAUUCUACCCACGUUGCCGAAGAGAGGUGUCGAACUUGGCUGGGAGAAUGGCUGCAGAUUUCCUGCAGCCUGAAAGAAGCUGAGCUGUCCCUUUUGCUACACAACGUGGUCCUGCUUUCCACCAACUACAUUGGGACAAGGCGCUGAGUGGACAUGGAGCGGAUGGCAUUGUCCUGCAGUCACAUAGUACAGCAGCGUGGGACCAAACAGCACUUGUCAGCAAAAGUGUGUGCACUGUUAGGUGUGUGGGAGGCAGAGGAGCAGGUGCCACAGGCUUCACAGUGUGGUACCCACGUGGGAGCCGGAACUGAAACAAACCCUGUUCCCAGGGGUGGCCCAUGUGAGGUGUCACCCCAGCUUCCUCAGAAUUAGCUGGAGCUGGCAGCAGCCUCUGUACUGAGCACUUACUGUGAUGUUUUAAGUUCAGAUCCCAGGAAGUGAGCCUUUGCCCCAGGUGGGAAUCCUUAUUUGGCCUAGGACUUAUCCACUGCCGUAUUCUUUACAGCCACAUUUUUGUGAAAGACCAGUGUCUGGCUUGUAAGGGGAAAGCACUCGUUAAACUGGCACAUUUACGUCCAUGCAGGUGCUUUGAUGCUCCUCUUUUGGUUUGAUCUGACCAAAAAUGGGGAUUUUUUUUUUUUGUCCUCCUCACUGAGCUAACCACUCUCUUUGAACGCUUUUUUUUUUUUUUUAGUGAAUAACUUAUGGGAACAUUCUCAUGGAAUAGAUAAACGGAAAUACGAGCGCUUCUUGACCCCUUCCCAGUGUUAACAGGUUCACUCCCCUUGUCUUAAUUUCUGGGCUGUGCUACAGCCCCUGUGGAUCUUAAACUCUUUGCUACCUCCACUGUGUUGCAGCAAUCCAACUGUAACUGAUAGUGGCUGCCUUCUUUGGGCCCUGCAUCCAACCUGUAAGGUACUAAUUACUGCCCAGCCCUGGAGACCAGGAGAGGUCUGCAUCGAGAUAGUAAGUUGGGUUUAGCUUUUGUCUGUGUAUAUCAGUGACCCGUAGUAACUUAUUGUAAAUGCAUGAAGCACUGUUUUUGAACCCAAGUAAAGACUGCCUGAAACCA